UUACCUCCAACAAUUACUGCACGGGUAAGUUUUUGUAGAUUUAUUUGAGAUUUUGAUGUCUUUAUUUAAUGUCCUGAGCAAAAAGCGUCUUGAAUAGGAAAGGAUGAUUAUCAACAGAGCACAUGCAUUAAGGUGUAGUGAUAACUCUUAUCGCUACCUCAGCAUCCAUAGGUUUUUCUCCUGACAAAUAUGCCCUUUGUUUCCACUUUAAGUCGAAAAUUGGGAGACCAAGCAAAUAGCCCAGGCUAUUUAAUUUCUUCAGUGUUUGAUUUCCUGUUUUUACGUCAUUCUCUUAGUGCUUCUUAGUAAACUUUUCUAUUCUGCAGUCUGCGUUGCUUGUCUCUCGACAUGUUUAACAUGUACAUUGAAUGUGUUUGGUCCGUUCUCCUGCGAUCUCACUGUCUGAAGUCCUCAUAGCCCUAGCUUCGCAUCAUGUGAUUCGCUUAAUAUCAAUGUCCACAGCGAGACUACUGACACUAUAAUCACCGUAAAAAUUCAGACGUCACUUCGACAAGUCUCCUGAUACCUAACGAGCUGUAACCCUGUUAUUGGACCUUAAGUUAGUGACUAGUAUAUGUAACUCGACUACGUCUCAGUAGAUUUCGGUAUGCUGAAGUUCGGGUCACUAUACAUCGUCGAUCAAGCACAUCAUAAUGACUCUCUACUUUGAGAACAUAACGUUUGGGUGUAAUCUAUUUAUCUGCAAUACGACUUGAAUUGCAGGUCCUUCAAUGAGCGUUAGAUACAUUUAUAAACUAUGAGGUACAUACAACAAGCGGAUCAGGUUAAAGCAAUAAGCAUCAAUAUCUGCCAGUCUGUUGAUCGUCAGUCCCGGUGCACGUCGUCACUGCAUAAAUGAGGAAUUUUAGACAUGGAUGCAUCCAGAAUACCCCCUUAUUGUGCCUUUGACACUAAUUACCUUUGGUGUAUGCCUUUCUGUUACCACAGCUAUACAGGAUGCCCCGCCGAUCUUCCAAUUCUAACUCAGAAGAAUCUCCCGUUGCCAGACGCACUAGUGCUAGGAUCGCUGCUGCACAGGCGGCAUCCCCUACCAAGUCUCCAGUCAAGUCUCCCCGUAAACGACAGUCUACUGAAGCAACGAAAUUGGCUUCUGAGGAUACCGAAUCUCAGCAGUCACAGGUUAAAAGCGAAGAUAGCAUGGAAGAAAUGAAUGGUAUUGAUAACCUUGUUAAGGAUACCGAAACUACUCUCGAACAAACUGAAAUACCCCAGAAGAAGGCUAAAGUCAUUGAAGAAACAAGCAGCGAUAACAAGACUGUAUCUGCACAUUGUGUAGAUCAGUCGAGUUCUAAUGAAAAGGAAAGUGAGGUAUCGCCAAGUAUAACUCACACUCAAGAAAUAAACGCAGUGGCUAGUGAUUUUGAAAUUGUUGAGCAUACCUCAGUUCCAUCAGCUGAUAGCGCAGAAGUACAGGCAGCUAUCUCUGUUCAAGGUGAGGACGGCCAACUGCUAGUUGGGUUUGUCCAGGUAGAUAGAGAGGAGCUCCCAGCCGCAAACAGUUUGGAAAUCAAACAGAUAAUUGCUUCAGAGCCUGAAAGUGAGAAAUUAGCCUGUGGCCUAGAAAAUGUUCCCAAGACGGAGACUAUAUCUGAAUUCGCUAUCAACAACCUAAAUGGCACUGUUGAGUCAAAAGAGCUUGCUAAAGACGAUUCAAAAGCUAACGGCACAGUGGAUAAUGAAACCCAUCAUAAGGCCACUGUUUCCAGUGAUCAGCCUGCUGUCCAGUCACUUGUCGCGCCCGCUGCUGGAGAUAUUGUUCCUGAAGUCGUACCUGAAAUGAUUUCUCAACAAUAG